UGUAACUAAUAUGCAAUUCCAACAUGUCAUGUUUACAUUUUUUUUUUUUUAAUUUACUUAUUUUUAGUAUCCACUGUAACCUGUACAGGGUCACAGUGGGAUCUGAAGCCUAUUCCAGAAACCAGAAAGAAUACAGGAACAAACCCAGGAUGUAAUGCUGAUCCAUCAGAGGGCACCGUGGACACACUCAUUCACACCUAUAGGCAAAGUGCAGUUGCAAGUCCACCUAAUGUCGUGUUUGUGGAAAAUGGGAGGAAACUGUCAAACCCUGGAAAAGCACACAUGGACAAGAGAAGUAUGUGUGAAACUCCACAAUAAAAAUUAACCUGAUCUCAAGCUGGGGAACCUGGAAUUGUGAUAGAGCAACAUAUCCCACUGUGCCACCAUACCAGCACACAUGAGAACUUAAAUAAACAUGUGGCCAUGAGAUCCUGUGAACAAUUUCUGUAAAAUGGUCCAUGUUUGAAAAUGAAUGAAUCGUGGAAAAAAAAAUAACAAUAUGCAAAAAAAUAACACGAAAAAAAGAAUUAUGGGAAAAUAAAAACACAUGCAUGACAUGUUAAAAAUGUCUGAAAUAUGAAGUGUCUACAAACUAAAUAUGCAAAUUCACUCCUUUAUAUUAUGAAAUAAGUUCUGGAGUCCAAGUGAAAAUGACUGAAAGGUUAGAGAGGAGGUUAUAGUCCUGUGAUGCAUCAUUCGCGUUAGGCAUUGCAAGCUCUCUCAGUUUCAGCUCAUUCAUGACAAUUGCGUUAUGCUUAUAAUUGAUGUUCUUUUUCUACCUCCAUACUUUUGGACGUGUAGGACAUUUACGGCUGCGUUUGGAAUCUUGAGUGCGCUCUUUUUUUUAAUGUCGCUCAAUAUUUCAAUGUAUUUUUAGAAGAAGCUCGAGAAGUGGGAAGGAAAGCAAGUGGAGAUGAAAUAUGGUGCGCUUUAUCCGCGCGGAGCGAAAGUAAGCAGAUGCUGCCUCGGUGCGUCUCGCGCUUUUCCAGCAUCGCGUCGAGAGAGAGAGAGAGAGAGAGAGAGAGAGAGAGAGAGAGAGAGUACCACCUCUGUCUAUCUGAGCAUCCUGCGGAAGUCGCUGAAAGAGCUCGUGCGCCGCGCUGCUUCUCUCCGCCGAAGCGAACGCACGCGCUCGGCUACCUGGAUUUUUAAACGCGCGGAAUGUCAACAAAGACGGCGAAUGCAGGAGUGAAGCAUUCACUUAUCUCUAAGCCUUGACAUCGCGAGUUAUUUCUCUUUUUUCUCUCUCUCUCUCUCUAGCUCUCUGCGCAACCUGGACACUAUUUAAUUGAGGUCCUCAUCAGUUUCACCUCCUUUCUUUCUGUUAAUUAUUAUUAUCUACUUUCUAAAGGUGCAACGAUCACUUUAACCAAGUGUUAAGGGUGCGGAGAUGCUUGUGCAGUAAGUUUAUUCAUUUUCGCGGAUGGUGUCUGAUCUGAAGUCAAGCUGGUUGUGAAGGUGCUUGACCUAUUCCCCUCGCCCCCAGACGGAGUAACCAUGGCUGCGGGCGUAGCAGCCUGGCUCCCCUUUGCCCGGGCAGCGGCCAUUGGCUGGAUGCCCGUGGCCAACUUGCCCAUGCCGGUGGCUCCACCUGACAUGAACAAACGCCAGGACGAGCUCAUUAUCCUAAACGUCAGUGGCCGGCGUUUCCAAACAUGGCGCAACACCCUGGACCGUUAUCCUGAUACCCUGCUCGGCAGCUCUGAGAAAGAGUUCUUUUUCAAUGAAGAAACUCGUGAGUACUUCUUUGACCGUGACCCGGACGUGUUCCGCAGCAUCCUGAACUUUUAUCGUACUGGCAAGUUGCAUUAUCCGCGCUAUGAGUGCAUAUCAGCUUACGAUGAAGAGCUGGCUUUCUUUGGGAUCAUCCCUGAGAUCAUCAGCGACUGCUGUUACGAAGAGUACAAGGACCGCAAACGUGAGAACGCUGAGCGCCUAAUGGAUGACCUUGAGGACAGCAAGGACAGCAAAUUGCCAAACAUGACUUUCCGCGAGACCAUGUGGCGCGCCUUUGAGAACCCGCAUACCAGCACCAUGGCCCUGGUUUUCUACUAUGUCACUGGCUUUUUUAUUGCUGUGUCUGUCAUUACCAAUGUGGUGGAGACUGUACCGUGUGGCUCCACACCCAACCAGCGGGACAUACCUUGUGGAGAGCGCUACACGGUAGCCUUUUUCUGCAUGGACACAGCAUGUGUCAUGAUCUUUACCGUGGAAUAUCUGAUGCGGUUGUUUGCUGCACCAAGUCGCUACCGAUUCAUGCGCUCUGUGAUGAGCAUCAUUGAUGUUGUGGCUAUCCUGCCCUACUACAUUGGCCUGGUUAUGACCAACAAUGAGGAUGUGAGUGGCGCCUUUGUCACACUCCGAGUCUUCCGCGUCUUCCGCAUCUUCAAGUUCUCACGCCACUCCCAGGGUCUGCGCAUCCUGGGCUACACGCUGAAGAGUUGUGCCUCUGAGCUUGGCUUCCUGCUUUUCUCCCUCACCAUGGCCAUCAUCAUCUUCGCCACUGUUAUGUUCUAUGCUGAGAAAGGCUCCGCCUCUAGCAAGUUCACUAGCAUCCCAGCCUCCUUCUGGUACACCAUCGUCACUAUGACCACGCUGGGGUAUGGUGAUAUGGUUCCUAAGACAAUAGCAGGGAAGAUAUUUGGCUCGAUCUGCUCUCUCAGUGGUGUGCUGGUGAUCGCUCUGCCUGUCCCUGUUAUUGUCUCUAACUUCAGUCGCAUUUACCACCAGAACCAAAGAGCAGACAAGCGACGGGCGCAGAAGGUGCAGAAAGCACGAUUGGCCAGAAUGCGAAUCUCAAAGGCAGGCAGCUCGAAUGCCUUCCUGCACAGCAAACGCAACGGCAUGCUCAACCAAGCCCUGGAGCUAACACAUCUACCUUACAAGAUGAAACUGUCACAUGAGAAGGGCUCCACAGGCGAAGGGCAACAUCUGAAUAAGACGGCAUCAAUAAUAGAGAGCCAACACCACCACCUGCUGCACUGCCUGGAGAAAACCACGAAUCAUGAGUUCGUGGAUGAACAGCUGUUCGAUCAGAGUUAUGUGGAAAGCGGCCUGCAGCGUUUCCCAUCGCAGAGCUCUUCCCUCACCAGCCAGGAGGGCAUCAUGGGGUCCUGCUGUUCCCGACGAGCCAAGAAAAGCACUCAGUCUGCUAAUGCAGCGCACUCACACCCUCACACACAGACACAUUUACAUCCACAUGCUCACAACCUGCAGGAGCUCAGCACCAUACACAUCCAGUGUGGACAACAGCAUCCUCUCACCACUAGUCGUUCCAGUCUUAACAUGAUGCCAGAUGAAUCAGGAGGUCUGAACUGUAAGAGCAGCAGUCAGGUUACCACAGCAAUCAUCAGCAUCCCAAGCCCUCCCAGCAACACCUCCCCCAGCAACCCCGAGGUUCCGCCCAACCCUGCCACCAACUCCAGCACCGGUGUGGUGAAGGUCUCCGCUCUGUGACGGACAUGUGCCAGAACCAAGCGAACGUCAGAACAGGGAGAGGGGAGGAGCACUCAGGACGUGAAAACUGUAGAGUAGCCUGCCCCCUUGUGGGAGAAGGACAGCACUGACUCAGAUUCCUGAACAACAAAAACCAAGGGGGUGAUGGAAACAAGUGUGUGAGUGCGUGUGCGUGUGUGCGUGUGAAGGAGAGAAAGAUGUAGAGAGAGAUAACAAUAGCAGAAGAGCCAUAACAACUUGAUCAAUCCAUCACAAGAUUGAUUAGAUGAGGAUGUCAAGAGUCACUCCGCAUCAAGCACUUUUUCUUUCUUUUUUUGUCUUGAUUGUCUUGUAUUGUGUGUUAGGGAAGUGAUGUUUUGUCAGUUUUACAGGCAACAAUUUCAGCAACUGCUUAAAAGCAACUUUCAGCUUUCACACUGUCUGAAGUAGGAAAAUUGAGGUAUAUCCUAUCGGUUUUGUUCAACCAUUAAAAAUAUAUAAAGCAUAGUUUGCUGUCACCAUUUUAAAAGCUGAAGACAUUGCAAAGAUUAAUUGCUAAAUGGAAUUUUAUUCUAAUUAUUUCAUGAUUAGUGGAUUAGCUGUAGUUAUCUAACUAAUUAUAUACUUGAGGGUUUUUAAUAGUGUUGACCUGGGGUGGACAAAUCAAUUUCAGAGCUAAACUGUACUUACCCAGAAAUCCAAUAAACUAUGCUUAAAAGUGGAAACAUUCAACCCAAAAGUGAAAAAUAGUAUGCAGACUAAAAUAAGCGAGUACUUCAGUCCCAAAGAGAGGCAGCUUAAAGGAUACUAUGUCACUGCAUUGUGUUUUUGCUCAUAGCAAAAAAAGCAGAAAGUCUCAUCAGACACAUUUGUUUGAGACUGCCUAGUGUCUUCAUCUUCAACAGGAACAUCUUCACUUCGCAUGGCUAGUGCACAGGAUUCAGAAAAGAGGGAUAUAUCCCACACCAUAGCACUGCAGGAGAUGUAUGAUCUAUUUAGGGUGUGCUACAUUUUCUGCUGCAUUACAGGGCAGUGUAACUCCCUCUGAGGAAAGCAUACGGCUCUCUUCCGCAUACACAUCGAUGUCUACGAUUGGCUAGUGUGAAUUUGACAGGGGUGAGUGGGUACAUAUAUCAAAUGAAGUUUUCUUUUGCAAAUGUUUUUUGAGUGGAGAAAAAAAAACGUUUGCUAAAUCUACUUGUCCACUCGGUAACUGUGAAUGAAAAUGAUACGUAACAGAUAUGUAACAGUCGUCUUGGGGCACAAGCUUGUGAUUUGUCCACUCUUGCUGUUAAUUUUUAUUACAGCUUUUCUCAGAUUGGAUAGUUACUAGAGAAAUGAUUUUAAAAUAUUUAUGUUAAUCAGUGUUUUUCCUUCUUAUUGGCCGCCAUCUAUUAUUUAAGGAUUUGUGAUUAUUUCAUACAGAAUGAUGUAUUUAAUAAGAAAAAAAAAAAAACAGUCACAAGAUGAUAUUCAGGUCUAAUAAUAAUUAGAUACAGAAACUUCUCAUUAGACAGUAAAUGGCAAGUUAAAAUUAAGAAAUUGAUAUUUCCCAAAAAUUUGCUGGCUUUGUUGCCUCACAAAAUGCUUAACUCAAUGCUGAAUGUUUAGUAACUAGACCAUCUAUAGUAGAUUAUCAUUUUGAAGGGAGAUUCAAGACAGAAGCAAGAACGAAACAUUUUAAUAUAAGCAUAAUGUAAAAUUUCAUUUGUGUUGUUGUUGCUAUUAUCUAUAUAUUAGUCUAUAAUUACAAGGAUAUCAUGCAGCCUUCGAGAAAAAUAACCAUUCCAUAUCUGAACUCUGAAAAGACAGAAAAAAAAAAAACAGUAGGGUUAGUUUGACCAAGAACAUGGGAAGAUUUUUACAUGUUUGUGAGAGUGAGAGAGUGUGUUCACUCCUGUAAGGUUAAGAGAAUUAGAGUGUAUUUGAUAUGUUAGGAUCUUUCCAUAGGUGUGUGUGUGCGUGUUCGUAAGCUCUCAGCGUGCCUGGAGCCUUUCACACAGUAUGUGCCUCUCUUGGGGGAAGGAUUUUUUUUUUCCUCUUCUAAUCCACUUCCCCUCUCUCCUUCUUUGGGUCCAAGAUGUUGAGUGGACAAACAGUGUCAAUCUCCAACUCGUCAGUAAUAACCAUGUAAAGCGGAACCAAAAAAAAAUCUCUAUAUAUGAAAUAGGUAUUCAAAAUAUCUGUGAUUAUAAGCACAAGGCAUUUGCUGAGAAUUUGUGAGUAGGAUAUGUACUAAGCCUUGGUUCAUUUGUGAAUAUUGUUAAUAGGAUAUUUUGUAAUAUUUGGCCAUUGUUUGGCAAACCGAGUGCAGCUGCUGCCCUUUUCCUCUUUCACUGUGGUCCAGUGCUGCCCUGUCUGCUCGUGUCUCUGAAAAACCAUGCUUUCGAUAGUUGGUUUGGUCCUAAGUGUUGUUUUCUUUCCUGCUCAGUGGGCAUUUUAUUGAAAAGAAAAGUAAACCUUGUUGUGUGUAUGUGUGUAUUCUACCUGCAUAGAACCCUUUGGUGUUGGCCACUCUUCUGUGUUGCUUUAUUUUGUCUUUUUCUUCUCUGAAAAACAGACUGUCUCCAAUGAACUCAGCAUUGAGUCAGUGUUUCCAUUGUGUCAGAGAAGCCACAAAGCGUUUUGAAUGACACAUCUAUGGACCAAUCAGACGUCUUCUUCAUCACUUAGUCCCUGUUCCGUCAUGAUGGCCAUUUGUAGAGAGAAUGGCUUUGCCAGUAAUAGUGUAGAUAUGUGUGUUUGUGCUUUACGACAGGAAUAACUAACUUGUUUCAUAUUUUAUGUUUUGUACUCCUGAAUUCAGAAUCGCAUUUAAAGAAUUUAAAGGCUAUGAGGUUUUUUCUUGCCCUGGAUCUAUUUUUCCACUUGUUUAGUUAAAUCUGUUUAGUUUUUCUGAAGGAAAACCUCAUUAGCGUGGUUUAAAUCCUGUUUUUUAGGCUGCAUUUACAUUGUGGGUUUUAAGGCACAAUUUCAAUAUGUAUACACAGAUUCUUUAUCUUGUAAGAAAUUACCCUUCUCUGAUUCCCAUCUAUGUUUACAUAAUUCCCACACAGAAUUCACUAGGCAGAAAAACAGCGACCUUUUACCAGUAGCAUCAAUGUGGUUGUAGAAAGACAAGUGAUUCUGUUUCUACUGUCAUUGUGUUCUGUAGCCAUUAAUUAGUGUAUUCUUUUGGCCAAGCACCAAUUAGGGGUCCAAGAUUGUUUUUAUUUAUUAUUUUUCUUUCCCUUUCUUAUGCAGAUCAAUCCAAAAUUCACAGAAACAUAACAUUUGUUCAAUUAUCAUUUGGUCAACCAAUCAUUUCACUACUCAAGCAAGAUAUGGGCCCAAGUAGCCUAAAGGUGGUGCUAUAGAGCAACAUUGAACUUUUUUAGACAUGCCUUAAGAACCCUGACACCUAGAGACAUCAAUUUCACAUAACAUGCUAAACCUAAUCUUAUCUUCAGAAAACUGGUGUCAAAAUCUAAUUAUCAAACAACAAUAUGGCCAUCACACACUAAUCAAUUCUAUCCAGUAUUUUAUAGAGCCUAAUUUAUUCAAACAAAUGUAAGUAUAAGGCAAGUUUGGGAUGAUGUCAUUAUUAAGGAGCAGAGUUAGGUUGAAUUAACUGUUUCCCAAGAAAUUCAAAAAUGGAAACCCAAACAAAACUGAGAUUUGGUGUACUGCAUUGUUAUGAUAAUCUGUAUGUGGAUGAUGACCAGAUUGUUUUAAAAAACAUUGCCACUGUCAGCCAAUCAGCUUUCAGCAGGCUUUUCACACAACAGUUGAGCUAAAACUUGACAAGGAUAAUAAACUAUGGUCUCUGUAUAGCGCUAUGUAAGUAUGGAACUGGUCACUGGAGCUGGGUUUUGCGAAUGAGUGUUUGGAAUACACAGAUGCUAUAUUUUUGCAUUGUUCAAAUGACAGUAGACAAUUUAAAUCAUUUUGGAUUCUUCUGAUCAUCAAUAAUUCACCUGUAUUGUUUUAAAAGCCACAUGAUGACUCAUAGCAUAGUCAAUCGUCUCAUAUCAAUGACAAUAACUUCAGAAUUGGACGUGAGCAUUCAGAUGUGAGUCUAAUGUUCAGAUAUCAGAUAUGAUUCAGAUUUAGAACCUGUUUACAGCUACUGAAACAAAAUUAGAUCUGUGUCAGAGGAAAGAGGAAAAAUCUGGUUGCCAGUGUAAAUGCAGCCUCACUGGGGUUUUCUGUUUUUUUGUUUUUGUUUGUUUGAGGUUUUCUUUGUUUGUUUGUUUGUUUGUUUGUUUUUUUGGGGGGGGCUUGUUUAUUUGUCUUUUUGUUGUUUCUUUUAAUCACAAUUUUAUCUUACUAACACUAUGCCCCUGAGCUUUGUCAAAUGAUAACUUCUUGUAUAAUUUAAACUGUGUAAAAGACAUUGUUGGUUUAAAAGGAAAUAUAUUAGAGAUGAAAUAUUUUCUCAUAGUAAUGAUGAUAUAGUAGAAACACCAGCAUAUAGUGUAAAUGUUCUUACUUCAGGAAAUUAGGAAUAUUAUAAUUAUCGUUCAAGACCAUCGGUUCCCUGUGUCUGACUACUGAGACUUACACUGCCAUGUUUUACCACAAUGUGGGUUUUUCUUUAACACUAUUUUAGAUUAAAAAAAAGACACAUAACUGAGCGAGAGCAUCAAGAUCAAAACACAAGAUUUGUUUCCCCUGAUGUUCUACCUUCAUUUUAAGCCAUGGUAUCUGAGAUAGCCAUAUACAGAGACAGGAAUUUAUUUUUAUUUCAAUCUAUCAUUAAUCAUUUCUAUUCAUCUAUCACACUGUUUACUACAAAUACAUGUAUAAAUUAAUUUCAAUAGCAAAUGAAGUGUGCCAUCAUUCAUAUACUUACGUCACAUUUAUUCGAUUAUUAAGUUGGAAAAUAUAUUAAUUAAAUGAAUUAGAAAAUUAAAAAUAGAUCAACCCUUUAUCAUAACACAGAUCUACAAAGCAAUUAGACUGUGAUCUCAUGCUAGGAAAUGUGGUGCACUGUAUCAGACACAUUAUCAUUAUCAACAGUAAAAGAGAAAAGCACAUUGAUAUUUCUUUAUGUAGAGACAAUGUUUAAUUUGUCUGUAAUCUGUAAUUGCCAAAUAAAUUAUUUUGCAGUCUUUUAUAAAGGAAUUCACACUUUGUCCCAAAAAGGCUAGUAUACAGUGACAAAAUAAAGAGAGUUUUUCAGAAGAUAUUUGGAGGCAGCUACUUAAUAUGCCCAAUAUAUUUAAGCACUAAUUCACAAUCUUAGAUUUUGGGGUAGGGGACGAGACCCAGAGCUACAAAACAGUUUAUGAAGCAAAUCAUUGUCUGUCUAAGACAUGGUGAAAGUAAUGAAAGGUUCAAGAUCUGUCCUGUCGUAUUCGUAAUUAAAGAACUGUAUUCAUCUGUCUGCCUCGCAGUUACUAGUUUCCUUAGUCAAUGUCUCAGCAUUUACUUUGCUGUUUUUUUCUUCUUUCUUUUGUGCUUUGCUUUAGUUUGUAUGCAAUUUUCACCUUGUUCUAUUGGCUUUCCCUGUCAGAUGCUAAAUAUAAUUUAUGAUCUUGUCUUGUCACUACUGUGAAACGCCUGAUAAAAGAUCUAUAUAUGUCACUAA